GUACAAUUACAUGUUAACCUACCUGAAUUCCGUGAUAUUAACUGGUUGACUCCUAACUGUGAUUUCCUGAAAUCAUAUUUAAUAUACUAUUGGAUUCAAAAGAUCUGAGGAGUAGGUGACUUAGUUACAUAACAAACCACAAGUAAACAGUUGGAUGUUUAUUUCAUCAGACAAAGACAGAUGAUCUUGCCUAAGACCAUUAGGAGGUUUUGAUAUUGCACUGCAUCUGCUGUUACAGUGUCUAACACAUCUCCUAAACCACCAAUCAAAUUGAAAUGAUAAGAUCCCUAACCAUGGUGAUCACAAUAACAUGAUAACAGACAUGAUACACAGACAUUCAUUAAUAAUAUCAGAUAUUUUACAUGAAACAAGUGACAAUUUUAUAUCCUGGUUUGAAGAAAAUUUCAUUCUAAUAAGUUGUGUAAAUGUGACUGUAGCGGAAAUAUUGAUCCUUUCUAAAUCAUUGGAUUAAUGUAUUCUUUCCUUGGAGCAAAAAAAUAGGACAGCUUAGCACGGAAUCAGUCUAACAGCUGAUUUAAUAUAAGCAUACUGCUGUGAAAUAUAAAAGCUUCAGUCAUCAGAACAAGAGUAAACUGCCAGUGUCUAUAUGAACUUGGAACAAUUGAUACAAUUACAGAUUAUGCUGAGUAUAAAUGAAAGAAUAAGAGAGAGGGUGAAGAUUUCGGGUUGACGGAUAAACACCUUACACUGGCACAAUAUAAUUUCCAAGAUAUUUGUGUUCCAGCAUGACGACAGGGGCUGUAACUCCUGCUGACUCUGUCACAUCAAAGCAAUGCAUGGCCAACAUUAUGAAUCCUUUCUAGGAUCUGGUCACUAUUCCUCGGUCAUGGGUAAAUUAUUACAUGAUGACAUCGCUGACCAGAGGAACACUCAAGCCUCCAUAGAUGGACGGGUCCUCAGUCCAAUGGGACCUCUUAUAAUGGACAACAAUGAUUAUGGACAGUAUGGUCCAACGUCAGAUAGGGUUGUAUCAUCAAGUACAUAUAUUGACCCCAAAAAGAAACUCAAAGGAAAUGGUGUUCCAGGGAAAAGUAUAGAGGAAGAGCUUUGUCGUAUUUGUGGGGACCGGGCAUCAGGGUAUCAUUACAAUGCACUUAGCUGUGAGGGCUGUAAAGGUUUUUUUCGAAGAAGUAUUACAAGGGGAGCUAACUAUACAUGUAAAUAUGGAGGAAACUGUGAAAUGGACAUGUGGAUGAGAAGAAAAUGUCAAGCUUGUCGACUGAAAAGAUGUCGAGAAGUGGGAAUGAAACAGGAAUGUUUAUUAUCCGAUGAACAAUGUAAAGCUAGAGAUGCUCGGCGGAAAGCAAAACAGAAAAAAAUGGAGAAACCAGCUCCUCCAGUUGUUGUUCAGAAUAUCAACAAUGAUUCCCUUGACAGUCGACCAAGCUGUGAAUUCGAAAGACAGGAUGUUAAAUUUUCUGCGUCUUUUUCCCCAUAUGAUGUCAUAUGUGAUCGUCCAAUAGAACUUAUUUCAGAAAAUACACAUGCUCUUAUAAACAGAAUAGUUAGAUUGCAGGACAAAUAUGAAUUCCCUGACGAAGAAAAAGUCAAUGAUGCAAUAGAUAUUAAGCCUACAAACAAUGUGGAGUCAGGAGAACAUGUCCUAGGCAGUCUGGCCAGAAUGACCGUUUUAAUUACUCAUUUAAUUGUAGAAUUUGCUAAAAGUUUACCAGGAUUUGACCGUUUAUCAAAAGAUGAUCAAAUUAUAUUGCUCAAGUGUGCCUCUAGUGAAGUUAUGGCUAUCCGAGCCAGUAGAUGUUAUGAACCUACUAGCAAAGCAAUUGUGUUAGCCAAUGGAACUCCACUAACAAUGGAAAAUAUGAUUGCUGCUGGUCAGCCACAAGAAUAUACAGAAUUAGUGUUUAAAUUAUGUGAAGAUUUAGCCAAGCUGGGUUCUGACAAUGCAGAAUAUGCAUUGUUUACUGCCAUUGCAAUAUUUUCAUCUGACAGAGGUGGACUUCAAAACAGAGAUCUCAUUGAAGAGAUUCAAAAAAUGUACGUUGACGCAUUAAAUGAAUAUGAAAGUAAAAAACGAUGUCGUGGUGGAAGUGCCUUAGCAAAGUAUCUUCUUUUACUGAUGGACCUGCGGAAUAUAAGUGUUGAGCACUCUAAAAUGUUAACAGUUUUACCUAUCCCAGAGUCUAACAUGCCCAAUGUAGUUAAAGAUAUAUAUAUACAAGACGAUGAUGUAUAAUGUUUAAUUAUUGUUAUUAUUUAUGUGGCAGCUGUGGAGACUUAAGACAUGAUUACAGGUUAUUUAGUUAAUUACAUGUUAUUAAAUGUAGUCGAUUACUGGUCAUCUAGUUAAUUACAAGUUAUAACAUGUAGUCGAUUACAGGUUUUCUAGUUAAUUACAUGGUAUAAAUGUAGUCGAUUGCAGAUUAUUUAGUAAUUUACAUGUUAUAAUGUAGUCAAUUUUAGGUUAUCUUGUUAAUUAUAGGUUAUAAAUGUAGUCAAUUACAGAUUAUUUAGUUAAUUACAUGUUAUAAAUGUAGUCGAUUACAGGUUAUCUAGUUAAUUACGAGUUAUAAAUGUAGUCGAUUACAGAUUAUCAAGUAAAUUACAUGUUAUAAAUGUAGUUGAUUACUGAUUAUCUAGUUAAUUACAUGUUAUAAAAUGUAAUCAAUUACAGGUUAUCUAGUUAAUUACAUGUUAUAAAAUGUAGUUGAUUACAAAUUACCUAGUUAAUUACAUGUAGUCGAACUAUUAACACUUUUAGUUCACGAUAUGUCCAAGAAAAAUCUUUGCUGAAAAAUUUGAAUACAACACACACUAAAAGUCUAUGCAAUUUAAGAAAAUUUCCUCUGUUUGAAUUAUUAUUAUAAAUCAUGAAUUGAACUAGUAUCCUGUAAUCAUGGCCAGAGUCUCUCAGUAACCUUUGUUUGUUAUUUGCUCAGAGUAUGAUCUUGAAGUAUGUGUGUUGAUGUUCUAAGGGGAGAUAAAUCUAGUAAAGAAAUUGUAACUAUUUAAGCUGUACAACAAUGUAUUAUGUGCUGAGUCUAACUCAGAAUAUUUACUUUUAUUAUGUUUAACAUUAGUGCUAAUUUUAGACAUAUUUCUGUAUGAAUAUGGUCUACAAAGUUUUUAUCUACAUCAGACAUAAUUAUUCAGGGAUUUUAUCAGCAUACAAAGUAAAUUAUGAUUGAAUGUUUUUUGUAGGAUUAGUAUUUAUCAUUUGUAUUUAUUAUUUCAUCUUUCGUAUUGUAUGCCAUAUUUUUAUUGUUUUCUUUAAAUUCAACCUUUUUUCCAAUUCUUUAAAGAUUUGAGUAAAAAUUCAACUCUUCGAAUUAAUAUUCAGUUUGGUAUCCUAUUACAAUAACAAUUCUACAGUAAUCUGGUAUGUUAAUUUAUAUCUCAGACUUAAAUAUUUGUAAUUUUUUCUCACAGAAAUAUAGUAGCUUUUAUUUUUUAAUUACCAUAUUUAUGGAGAUAAUAUAGAAUUCCUAGGGGCGGAUCCAACCAUUUAAAAAAAAAAAGGGGGUUCCAACUAUAUGUGCCCAUUCAAAUACAUUGAUCGGACAAAAUAAAGGGGGGUUUGAACCCCGCCUGGAUCCGCCAAUGAUUCCAUUUAAAUAAUGGAUAAAACAUCAAGUUUAUAAUGAAAAAAAGUUUGAUAUCCUACGCAAUGGAUUCUUGUUGUUUGUAGAAGUUCAGGGGAAACUUUGUAAACAAAAGUCAAUUGUCUGAACAAUUUUACAAUCUUAUCUUUUUCAUAUACAUUAAAAGAAAGUGAAAAGUAAAGAAGGAUUCUUAAUUUAUCCUUUACAAAUCCGAAACAACUAAAUUGAGUCAUUUGUAACAUUUGACAGUAUUUACAUAUUUGAAAAAGAUGUAUUUAUCAAAAUAGUAAAUACAUCAGCUCAUGCAGUAGAGUUGUGAAGUUAUUUAGUUAUGUAGUUGAAUCGAAGGACAUACUUUCUGUUUCAAUGGGUAAACAUUUUUAUGCAAAAAUUUAUGUUGAGAGAAAUGAAUACAGCUGUGGAGAUAAUUAUAAUCUUUAUCAAAAGCAAUAAGUUCAGGAUAUUUUUUUCCAGUCCUCUCAUAUUGCAAAUAUGUUUAAGCAAAAUUGAAGAUGCAAGUUAAUAUGGUUUAUAGUGUGUAUUUUCUUAAAUUUUAUGCAAUUGUUCAUCAGAAAAAUCCCUGCAUCUGUUAUCAUUAUAAACAUCCAAAGACUUUAGAAAAAAAAUUACAUGCCCCAGAAUAUUAACUACAAAGAGGGAAAAGGAAUGGCCUGAAUUAUGCUAAAAUAAAAGAAUAACAAAUAUGGCAGGUUGCUACCAACAACAACAGCUUAUUUUAGAUGUUGUGUGUUAUGAUGUGACCUUCUAUUCCUAUCAGUUGUUCUAAAUAUGUACUGAAAAACAUAUACAACAGCUGUCUAAGAAAAACACUACAUGUAUUUUCUCCAAAACACAAAACAAAAAACUUACUAUUCCAAAAUAAUAUUGAUAAUGACAUACUUAUUUUUUUUAUAGGUGAAUAAUAAUACUUUUUAAAAUCUGAUUUCUUUUUAAACUAUAUAAAUUCCUUUAAAUAUAGUCAUAAUUAACUUCUUAUGACUUUCAAGGAUGUAUUAAACUGUUUUUAAUCUAAUUAAUUAUACUAUGGGCUAAAACUGUCAACUAGGGGACACAAAUAAUCCGCAGAAACAUUUGAAAUAUAGGAUAUAGUUUUUAAAAUUCCACUUAAACAAAUAGUAAUUAAGAACACUAGACGAUUUAACAUUUCCUGAUUUACAAGAUGUCCCUUUGAGUUCAACAGUUUUCAAAUUUAAAAAAAAAGGUAUUUUAAGUAGAAGGGAUUAUUAAAGACCUUUGUUCAUGGCCAUAUGUGACAAAGGUUUUACAGUAAAUAUAUCUGUGACAAAGAUUAAAAAGGUUUUACAGUAAAUAUUUACAGGUAUGAAUACACAAGGGUUUGGAUGGGUGAACAAAAUAGAGAAUAAUGAGCAGAUAAUGCAUAAUAAGGGGCUAAAAAAUUAAGAUUAUAUUAAAAUAGAACCAAAAAUAAUAUAGAAUAUUAAAAGGGUGGUAGAAUAUUAAAAAUAGAGAAUAACUGACAAAAAGAUAAAACUAGAGAAAGAAUAUAGAAGAAUGUACUGUGGAUUCAUUUAUUUUUGUGGAUUGAGGAAAACUUGCAUUUUCAUGGAUAUUUGAUUUCAGUGUUUUCACAAAGUCUACUUACAAGCCUAUUUGAAAUUUGUCAUUUGUUAAACAUUUUAAUGUAUGGUUCACCUUUAUCAUGGAAACCCAUGUAAAGUAGUAACUAACAAAUAUUAAUGAAUCCACUGUACUAAAAAAGACCCCCAUCUAGACCUUCAUACACAAAUUGAACGCUAUUUUAGAAUGAACAACACCUCAAACUAUCACUUAUCAGGAGGGAGAUGUCAUGGAACUUGGGUUGAACAUAAAUAAGCAAUAUUGCCAUUAUUCCGUUUGACCAGGUUUCUCUUCUUUUUAUCUUUUGACAAUUAUGAUCAAUACUCGUCAGCUUAAAAAAUACAUUGCUACUUUUUUCUAGUAUGAGAAGAGAUUGUUGCCUUGUUUUUGAAGUCUUGUAUUCUGUCUUAAAAGUUGAAUAUGUUUUAACUAUUUAAAAAAAAAAUUAUUAUCAGGUACUUUUUAAUUUAAGGAUACUUUUGAUAAACAUAACAAAUAUUAAUUUUACAUUUUCAAAUCAGUUUUUAUUUGGAACUGUAUAUUUUAUGGCAAUAUUAUACAAUAUUGUGAUAAAAAUGAGGAAAGGGGAAUAACUCUUGCUGAUUUAUGGUUGCUAGUGCUAUGACUAAUGAAGUGCUGAUUUGUGGUUGAUAGUGCUAUGACUAAUGAAGUGCUAUAUAGAGUGCUUUGUUGAGUGAAGUGCUAAAUUAGUGCUAUAUGGAUUAUUUGGUGCAUAAAUGUUUUAUGUGAAUAUUGUUGAAUGAAUUUUUAAUGUGUUAGUUUUUAUAUUGUUAGAGAUACAUAUGUUUGUUGCUCUGAGGAUCAGGGAUAAUAGAAUUAUGCCUUUUGUAAAUAGAAAUAUUUGUUUAUAGAGUUUUAAAUAUCAAUUUGUGACAUAUAUAUAUUUGCUCAUUUCAUUUUAUUUUCUCAUUAGAUAACAAUAAAAAUCAUGUAUGUAAUAUAAUUAAAUUUUGCAAUGAAAGCAUUUGAGAUAAUGGAAGAAUUGAGUUUUUGUAAGAAAUAAUGAUAAUUGUUGAAAUAGUAAGGCAGCAUGUACCUGUAAGGUUUUAAGCCAUUGGCAAUUGGUUGAUAACAUUAAAAAGUGUUUUCUGAUAUAAUAGUUUGUAUACAAAUGUGGAUAAACUGUACUUUUCAUGUUGUGAACUUGAACUAAUCCCUGUAAAUCACACAACCCACAUUAAACAUACUGUAAAAUAAGCCUCAACCACUUUUAAAUUUAUACUGGAUGUGCUCCUUGUUAUUAGGAGGAAGUUACAGAAAAGCAGUAGAAGACUGAUAUUUCAGUGUUUGUUUCACAAUAAGUAAAUGUUCCGAAUACACCAAAUUUGUUUAAGUAGUGAAAAAAAAAGAAAAAAAGCAUGCUGUUUUUGAUUUGGGUAUGAUGAAUUUAGGUGUUGAUAUUUGUGGCAAUUAAUUAAAAGAAUCAAAUUUGCAUAGCCCAGUUUCAGUAGGAUCUAUUAUUCUUGAACUUUGCUUUUGUUCUAAUUCUCCUGAUUGAACAAUUUUCAGUAACAAAUAUAUUUUUUGUGUGAAUUACCAAUUAGGUCCUUAAAAGGUGUUUCUGUAUUAUAGAUACAAUGAAUAAGUGCUAAUUCAUGAAAAAGAAACCAUGAGGACUAGAACUAGCUCGAAUGUCAGAACAUGACUAAAUAAAUCUAUUCCACAAUUGUUUAGUCCUUUUGGUUAUAAACUGGCUUCAAAAUGUUAGGCUUUUAACCUCCCUGAUGAAGGUAAAUCCAGGAUAGCACUUCAAAAGCUUGAAUUGUUUAAGUGUUGUUGUAAUUUUUUUGUUAGAAUUAAUGCUUGACAGCUAUAAAACCACAAAUAUUUUGCUUGCUUAAAUUUUGUGAAGAAAUACUGAAGCAAAAAGUUAGUCUUUAUAAUGGCUUGUAAUUUAUCUUUUGGGUGUGAGACUAGUAUUCUCAAUUAGAUUUGACUGAAAACUACCUUAGUUCUAUAAGAAAGAUUUGUAUUGGUUAAUUGAAAAUAUUCCACCAAACUUGCCUCACAUAAGAUAUCAUAUCAUCAAGUGUUAAAAAAAGAUAUUUUAGUGCAUUUAAUGUAUUUUAAGUUAAAGUUUUGUUGAUUUUUUUAAAUUUCAGCUUCAUCUGUACAAACAGUUCACCAAUAAAUUGCUGAGAAUGAAGUCUGUAGGAAUAGAUGAGCAAUUAUGUUAUUCAUGACUAAACAUUUGAAUUGGCAGACUCACAGUCCAACAUUUUAUAAAAUUUAGAUAUCCAUACACUGUUUUCAUAAAGAAAAAAUAUCAAUACCCAAAACAUGACCAACAAGACAUGGGAACCAAAAAUAUAUAUUCUGUAAACUAGUGGACAGCGAAUUAACUUUUAUAUGGCAUGAUAAUUCUACCUCUCUUUGAUAUCAGCUGACAAAGAAUCCAUAUUGUAUCAAUAUUGUUAACUAUCAUUUGUUAGUAUUGUCAACAACAGAAUAUAGAUUUGUAUGAAAAUUAUGAGAAUUUUUACUGUUUGUGUGUGUAUUUUAUGUAUGUGUGUUGAUUGAUAGUCAAGGAGAAAACUCAUUAUAGUAUUGCAUCAAUUUGCUCUUUCAGAAUCUAAUGCAUCCUGGGUAAGCUUUCACCAAAACACUAUGAUUGGCUAACAAAGCCUUUAGCAAUUACAAUUCAACCAAUAAUAUGACUUUGUUUUCAUUUUGGGGUUAGAAUAACGAUAUUACCCAUAAGUCUUUAGAUUCAUAAAUACCGAAAUUAAACUUUUACAGGAUUUCCAUGUUGGCUGGAAUGAUUCGUUUACUUUCAAUGCAGUAUCUGUAUUGUAAUUAUGUGUUUCAAAAAGUUCAUGGAGAUAUCACCAUUCAAAAUUAUAUUUAUAUAGUUGUUUCAUUAUCAUUGAUGAAAAGAAAAGACAUUGUAAAAUUCUCCCACAGGAUUGAGAAGUUAUCUAGAUUCUCAUAGGCUGUUAUGGUUGGUAAAGUGUUUGUGAGACUACUGUCUUAAAAAUAUGUAAUAUUGAGAAAGAUUUUAUUGUAUAUAAAUAAAAUAUAUCACUAUUGUU